UUGUGGUACUCCAGUGAGCCACAACAACAGAAACAUUUGUGCAGCUAAUGUUUUGCUGAGCUAGGUUUUUACUGUCAUUGGCUGUGUAUAGUUAUUUUUAAAAUGAAGCUGCAGUGUUUAGUUGUUGCUCUGUGCUUCGGCGUGGGUUGUAAUGGCUGGGAAAUACUCACGUGAAUUUAACGAGCUCAAGCCGAGCGGCAGUGAUGGGCAGACGGUGGAGUUCAGGAUGGCUAAAUUGGACCAGGUGUGGGAGAAGGCUAAACGGAUGCAGUUGUCCCCAGUGCGGCAGUCUGAGCUGCACAGUGACCUGAAGAUCCAGGAGAAAGAUGAGCUGCAGUGGAAGAAGGUGAAGGUGGAGGGGCUGGAUGAAAACGGGGAGAAAGAAGCCCAGCUCCGACGUAACUUCAACGUGAUCCUGGCCAAGUAUGGAAUGGAUGGGAAAAGAGACACUCGACCACUGGAGAGCAACAGCCUGAAGGACCACGACACCAAAGAGGGAGACAUCUUUGACGAUCCCAGGCUGGACAAACUCUGGAACAAGGCCAAGAGCUCAGGGAAGUUCUCCAACGAGGAGUUGCUGAGUCUGCAGAGGGAGUUCCAGCAUCACAAGGACAAAAUGCACGAGUACAACAUCCUCAUCGAUACCAUCAGCAGAACCGAGGAAAUCCAUAAGAACGUGAUCUCUCCCCUGGAGGGCGACACUAAAGAGCACGUGCUGCACCAGAAGCACACGGACCUGAAGCAGAAAAUGAGAAACCUCAACCAGGGCUUUGAGCGCCUCCAUAAGCUCAGCCACGAGGGCUUCACUGAAGACAGCGAGUUUCGGGAGCCCCGUGUGAUUGAACUGUGGGAGGCUGCCAAGAGAGCCAACAUCAGCGAAGACGAGCUGGACUCUCUCAAGGAGGAGCUGCGUCACUUUGAGACUAAGGUGGAGAAGCACAGCCACUACCAGGAGCAGCUGGAGCUCUCCCACCAGAAGUUGCGACACGUGGAAUCUUUAGGAGACAAAGACCACAUCAAGAGGAACCAGGAGAAGUAUGAAUCACUCGCUGAGAAGACCAGGGAGAUGGGUUACAAGAUGAAGAAACAUAUGCAGGACUUGUCCAACAAGAUCUCUCGUGAAGGACUCGAGCACAAUGAGCUCUGAGAGGCUCCGAUCAUGAACUGAAAUAAUUCCCUCUACAACCACAGCGCGUACGUCACGUCCCCCCCUCCAACUACUGAAAAAAACAAAUCAGUGUUUUCUACUUUUCUAGUGUUAUUAGUCACUUUUUUUCUAUUUUUAAAUUGCUGAAAGAAUGAACUGUGGGUCGAUUGUACAUAAUAUAGAUGAGAUUUCUCAUAAAUCAAAUGGAGUUAUUGGGAUAACAUGGGUCUGAUUAUCAGGCACAGUACAGAUACAAUGAAGAUGGAAUUGUUCACAUACUAGUCUGGUACGACAUUUAUUUGUACAACUAUGCAGGAAGAUGUAGAAGAAAUGUGUGUGUGUGUGUGUGUCUGUGUGUGUCUGUGUGAGGGAUGGACAGCAGCAGAUUAGUUUGACAUUUACAGAGCGACUGCCGGACAACUUCAUCGUGUACGAGUUGUAUUGGCACAUUGCUGGCCGACUAUUUGUGCAAAUCCAUCUUCCAUCAGCUGUGCGUGUAAUAAAUGCUACAUCAGAUAGACUUAGUACUGUAGUAACUCAUACCUUAGUCUGCUGAAAUAUUGUUUAAUCAAUUUAAAAUGAAGAAUGCUUUGCAGAUUCAGGUAGGAAGCAGUGAAACCCGGAAACCUGAAGAUGUAACAGCAAUCUUUUAAUAAGUAAGAUAGAGGUGCCGUCAACAUACAAACAGUAAUAUCUUAAAAAUACAUACAUUUAUUAUCGUGGCAUAAAUAAAAGCAGUUAAUAUUUACAAAUCCUG